GGGCGCUGCGCAGCCGGGCGGUGCAUUGCGGAGGGCGGGCGGACCCGCGGCCAUUCCACACGGCGGCACCGCGCCCCGCGAAGCAGCGGCAGAGGCAGCAGAGGCAGCAGCCGGCGGCGCAGCCCCGCCAUGGCCAAGGAGGGAGCGCAGCGAGCGGAGGAGACGGAGCAGAUGAUCGAGAAGGAGGGCGGCAAGGAAGCCGCCGAGGGCAGCUCCGCCGGCAGCCUGCGGGCAGCGGACACCAAGGAGAUGAGAGCCGUGGUGCUGUCCGCCUUCGGGGGGCUCAACAAGCUCCGCGUGUCCAAGAAAGCCAUGCCGGAGCCGCAGGAAGGGGAGCUGAAGAUCCGCGUGAAAGCCUGUGGUUUGAAUUUUAUUGACUUGAUGGUACGACAGGGGAAUAUUGACAACCCUCCUAAGACACCACUUGUUCCUGGCUUUGAGUGCUCUGGAAUCGUAGAAGCUCUUGGAGAUAGCGUGAAAGGAUUUGAGAUUGGAGACAGAGUCAUGGCUUUUGUAAACUACAAUGCAUGGGCUGAAGUAGUAUGUACCCCGGCAGAAUUUGUCUACAAGAUCCCAGAUGACAUGAGUUUUUCUGAAGCUGCUGCAUUUCCCAUGAACUUUGUAACUGCCUACAUGAUGCUCUUUGAAGUUGCUAACCUAAGAGAAGGCAUGUCUGUGCUGGUUCACUCUGCAGGAGGUGGGGUGGGUCAAGCUGUUGCUCAGCUCUGCUCGACUAUUCCCAAUGUUACUGUUUUCGGAACAGCUUCAUCUUUCAAACAUGAAGCAAUCAAAGACUCAGUAACUCACCUGUUUGACAGAAAUGCAGACUAUGUGCAAGAAAUAAAAAGAAUCUCAACAGAAGGAGUAGAUAUUGUUUUGGACUGUCUGUGUGGAGAAAAUACUGGGAAAGGCCUCAGUCUUCUUAAACCACUUGGGACUUACAUUUUAUAUGGUUCAUCUAACAUGGUUACUGGGGAGACAAAAAGCUUCUUCAGUUUUGCAAAAUCAUGGUGGCAGGUUGAGAAGGUAAAUCCUAUCAAGCUGUACGAGGAGAACAAAGUCAUUGCUGGAUUUUCUCUGUUGAAUCUACUUUUCAAACAGAAUCGAGGUGGCCUGAUCAAGGGUGUAAUGGACAAACUCCUAAAUCUAUAUAACAAUAAGAAGAUCAAGCCUGUGGUUGAUUCAUUAUGGGCUUUGGAAGAGGUGAAGGAGGCUAUGCAGAGAAUCCAUGACCGAGGUAAUAUAGGAAAACUAAUUCUGGAUGUGGAGAAAGCACCCACUCCCCUGAUGGCCAAUGACAGCACAGAGACAAGUGAGGCUGGAGAAGAGGAAGAAGAUCACGAAGGGGACAAUGAGAAUAAAGAGCGCAUGCCAUUCAUCCAGUAGCAGCCAGAGGUGAUGGAAGCAGAAAGAUUGUUUAAGUAGAAGGGAACAAGACUGGGAAAUCUAUUCUGUGCAUCAGUGAACAAAUGCUGUAGUACAGUGUGUGUUGUAUUUGUCUGCAGUCAGCUGAGCUAUGAGCUGUUGAUCAUUGUUGUUUUGAACUCAAGUGCCAUUCUCAUCCAGUGCAGUAUUAUGACAUUCCUGUGUAAUACCCACUUUCCCUGUAGGAGUCCCAUGGAUUUUUGUUUCAGUUUAAAAGCUUCAUUAAUUUACUGUGUAAUUUUAGAUGGGCAUCUUUCUCAUGCAGAUUCCAACAUUUUGCAUAAAGUUAUUGGAGGGGGGCGGGUGGGUUUUUUUUUGCAAGUUAACAACCACAGUAACAACAAAAAUCCCCCACUUGCUGUCUGGAAAAUUCUUCUAAAUGGAGAGAGGAUUUUAAGUUUGUGGAUUUUCAGUGUUAAAAUAGUUUUCCUUUUAUGAACCACAGAUAAAAGUUGCAAAAAAAAAAAAGAUGAGGUUACUUUCCUUUAUCAUGCUUCCUCAUCUUAUAAGCAAUCCUAUCUUCAUUUUCAAAAAUACCUCAUUUAGAAUUGUGGAAUCUGAAAUCGUGCAAGAAAUCAUUAAUUGAGAGACUUUGAUUAGUAUUGUAUAAUCAUGUUAAUCGUCAGCAGCAGUAAACACUUAAUUCAAAGUGCCAGCUACCUUGCUUUUCUGUUGAUCUCCUGAGUUAUCGCCCCAUAUGUUCUAGGCAAAGAAAGGUCAGGGAGACGCUCUUUUUAGACCCUGAACAAUUAGCGUUGUUACUGACAGUUCAACAACAUCUUCUGCUUAGGACACAUUGACUCAUCUGUGUUUAAAAUCCAAAAUAUUUUUAAAUUACAUUUUUAAAUCCUAUCAGUGAGGAUCACUCUUCAGUAUGUGGAAAGAAAUUUAUUGGCAGAGUUUACUGCUCUGAAAUCAGUAUGUAUUGAUCAACUGUCAAGCUAGAGCUGAACUCUUACAGCAGUUAACCCUUUAAAAAAUUACUUGUACACCUUAAUCCCAUCAGAAAUUAUGCACAGGGUAACUUUAUCUAAGUGAAUAGUUCCAUUAAAAGCUCUGCUCCAUAUGUAGUUAUGUUUGUGAUUAUUUGAAGGAUCAAGUGUUCAACGACCAGCUAGUCUAUCUACCUCCCACUAGUGGAAACUAUGUCUAUACAUGACAAAAGUAAAUAUUUUUCCUUGUCUUUCACCUAUCCAAGCAGCAGCUACUCAGGUCCUCAAUGGUUUUGUUAAAAUAAUUAUUUUAAAAUGACUGCAACCACCUUCAGUAGAAAUGCUAAAAGAACACCAGAGACCUUGUAUAAUGCCAUGUGUCUUUGAAUUAAUAUAUUUUUAGCAAAACUAAGUAUUUCUCCAAGCAUGGCUAGUUGUUCACCUAAAUCUACAAGUAUCUAAUAGUGAUAGAAGUAUAAAGAUAAUUAGAAAAGAGAAGUUGGAGAGCUUCUCAGGCUUUUCUCAAUGUGAAAGGAAUUGUGAGUCUGGAUGACUUUUAUGUGUGGUUUUAGGGGACUCUCUCUGGUUCUGUUUUGUUUUUCGUUUGUUUAAUAUUUGCUGCCUGAGUAUUAAUGUCCAUCUCCUUACACUGUGCUCAUGAAGUUGCUGUUCUAAUACUAGAUAAUUGUGCAGAACGGUCAUUCUGAAUAAGUUUCCCUUGAGUUAAACAAAUUCAAAAAUAACAAGAAGAUAUAACUCUGGAGAAAAAUGUCAAAAAAGCUUUUGUUGAAAUAUUAGUUUAAAAAAAAAACCAACAAAACAACAAAAAACAGAUUUCUAUAGAUGUUGAUGCAGAACUUCAUUAUAGUUGAUUUUCUUUUCAUGUUGGACUUAUCUACACUUCCAGUGCCAUAUCAGACCCAAACAGGAACUCUAUACACAGAAAAUAUAUAUAUUCAAUGAGAGUUUUCCAUGUUUUGGGAUUGCCAACUGAGCUUUUAAGAAAGGCCAUUAAGUUUUCACAAUUCAUAAGCUGACAACAGUAGGAAACAUGCCCAAUUUUGUUUUGUAGUUAGUGUAAUGAUGUCCUGCAACAAACCUUAACAUAACUAGGAGCUUUGAUUUGACGCCAAAGUGAGCAAUAUUGCUGGUGACCUUUGAGCUGGCAGUAAAGUGGCAUUCUCAAGGCCUUAAAUUAGUAGGGCAAGCAGAAUAGCAAAUCCAUUCUUCUGUUAUAAACCACAGUAUGGUUGGCUCUACAGUUAAAUUUCCCUUCAAGAUAUAUAGAGAUGGGUGGUCAUGGCCACAGACAUCAUAGGGGCAACAAUCAAAUGAAAUCAUUUUGGCUAUUUCUUUCUGGUUUUGUUAGCAAGGCAAAAAUACUCUUCAUGCUAAUUCAUACCAAUUUUAGGGCCAUUUUCUGAUCAGCAGAAUAUCAGGUAAUUGCAGUGAGUACAAAGGAGUACUUCGAGAUCUACCUAAGCACUACACAGAUCAGUAUUACAAUCACUAAGCUAAACUCUAUUCUGUGUUUUCCUGGUGUUAAUAGGGUGUAUAUGAAGGUUACUACUGAAAUGAAUAGAAAGUUUUCAGGUACUUGUUCUGGAAGCUAGCAGAAUUUGGCCCACAAGCCCUAAAUACUAGAAUACCACAAACAGGUUUGAAGUGGUAGAGGGCAUGCUAUACAAAAUGAUGGUGAAUGAUUGUUACUGAACGAGUCUUAUUGCAAGAGAAAGUUCGUGUUUACUAUUAACACUGUUGUUUAAACAAUUCUAAGACAAUUGGAUAGUUUCUUCAAGUGAAACAAAGUAUUUCUCAAUUUGCCUUAAAGGAACUGUGAAAGCUUCUCUUUAACUUAAGCCUGAUUGAAGUGAACUGAAACACUGUUUAACUGUAUUUGUUGCUUUAGAGCUUUUGUUAUAUUGUGCCUACAAAGCAAAUUAUGUUUACAUAAAAAUAUAAAUAAAAUAUUGAGCAUAGCAUUA